CGGGUCGGGUAUUUUAAUGUGUGGACGGAUCGAUAGCGAACGAGGUUCGGUUUAGAAGCUUGGACUGAAAUGCCCGUCUGCUUGCCUACCUUUCCAAUGCAGCAGUCGGCUGUGGGGCAGCCCGAGGACGGAAACUGAGACCCCCACCCGCUCUAUCUUCUGUCCCUCCCAGGAUCGCGUAAGCCCCGCUUGGCGCUCCUUUGGGUGGGGGGACUCAGCAGUGAAGCAGUUAAGGCACGCCAGCCGUAGCUCCAGCCCCCGGAGCCAGAGCCAGCGUGGUGGGGGGAUGCUCCUCCGUUAUCCUGGCUUCCCCAGGCAAAAGUCACGUUGCUUUGGGCAGGAGAGGAGUCGUGAAGCGACCUCGGGUUUAGCAUUCUCUUUCUCCUCCUGCUAAAAGCGGUGGAAGGAUGGGGAGAGUCCUGCCUGGAACAAGGGACCAGUUCGGGCAGCGUGUAGAGAGCGCCGAGCGGGACUUUCCAGCGACAGCUCCUGAAUAAUUGAGAGCCAGCAGCCACUUUGCUGCUUCCCAGGCAGCCCAAUUGGCACAGCAGCUCUGGUUUACAGCUCCUGAUCUGGACCGGGAUGGGAGGAGGUCGCUUUCCAGCUGAAGAGCUGCAGGAGGCUCAUCAGGCAAAGAGAAGAGGAGGGUGACACAGCUCUGAAGGCAGCCCUGUUGGAUCCCCAUAUCUGCUCCAAACGUUGUGCCCAUUGCCUUUCAUUGCCACUUUGUAGCAACAACAGCAGAGUGCACUCCCGGCCACCAGCCCACCAUGGCCUUGAUCGUGCGUUUGAAGAAGGUCACCAACCUGAGAGGCAAAGCGGACAGGAUAGCCAAAGUGGCUUUCAGAGGUCUCUCAUUCUACACUCGAGUGCUUGAGAACUGUGAGAAUGAAGCUUCAUUUGAUGAGACAUUCCGAUGGCCCAUUGCAAGCAGCAUUGAUGUCAAUGAGAUGCUGGAGAUUCAGGUGUUUAACUACAGCAAGGUCUUCUCCAACAGACUCAUUGGUAUAUUCCAGAUGGUCCUGCAGAAAGUGGUGGAAGAAGGACAAUUGAAUGUGACUGACACCUUGAUCGAUGACAACAAUGUGUCCAUUCAAACCAGUGUUUCCAUUGAGAUUCGGUACCAGGCCAUGGAUGGCAGUGUUGGGGUGUGGAAUGAUGAUGAAUUCUUGGAGAGUCCCAGGGUCCAUCCAGAUGGUGAUCCCUAUGAAACUGAUGUCCUGCUUCCCAGCCACAGACAGUCAAGCAAGACCAGCACUGCAGAGAAAGCCUUCCGAAGGCAAGAAGAUGAUGAAUUGUAUUACCAUAGUGAUGAUGAACUGCUGGGUGAGGGAGAUACCGUCAGCCAAGGGUCUUUGAAUGCCAGCAGGCUGUCAGGAGUCCAGAAAAAGCGCCAUAAUGGGUACAAAUCUGUAGCCAGUGAUGACCACAAAAACUCCAGAGAUAAAAUCAAGGGAAAAGAGAAAAAACAUCACCAUCUGCCAUUCAGAGCUGGGAGAGGAGUCUUUUCAGCCAUGAAGUUGGGCAAAACACGUCCCUCAAAAGAUGAUCAUCACCGAAAGCAAGAUCAACCAGCUAUCUUGGAAGCAGAAGAUCUGGACCGUAAAGCAAUACGGCUUGGAGGUGGCCUGGAUCCAGAUACCAUCUCCCUGGCAUCAGUAACAGCUGUGACCACCAAUGUGUCUAAUAAGAGAUCCAAGCCAGAUAUUAAAAUGGAGCCCAGCGCAGGAAGACCAAUGGACUACCAGGUCAGCAUCACAGUAAUUGAAGCGCGGCAGCUGGUGGGGCUCAACAUGGAUCCUGUGGUGUGUGUGGAAGUGGGAGAUGAGAAGAAGUACACAUCCAUGAAGGAAUCAACUAAUUGCCCCUAUUAUAAUGAGUAUUUUGUAUUUGACUUUCACAUUCCCCCAGAUGUCAUGUUUGAUAAAAUCAUCAAAUUAUCGGUGAUUCACUCCAAGAACAUCCUGCGCAGUGGAACCUUGGUGGGUUCUUUCAAAAUGGAUGUGGGAACUGUUUACACUCAGCCAGAGCAUCAGUUCUACCACAAGUGGGCCAUCUUGUCUGACCCGGAGGACAUCACGGCUGGGCUGAAAGGCUACGUGAAGGUUGACAUCGCAGUGGUGGGCAAAGGAGAUAAUAUUAAGACUCCACACAAAGCUAAUGAGACAGAUGAGGAUGAUAUUGAAGGGAACCUACUGCUUCCAGAUGGAGUUCCUUCAGAAAGGCAAUGGGCCCGCUUCUAUAUUAAGAUCUAUCGGGCAGAGGGGCUUCCACGGAUGAACACUAGCAUCAUGGCCAAUGUGAAGAAAGCUCUCAUUGGGGAAAACAAAGACCUGGUGGAUCCUUAUGCCCAAGUGUUUUUUGCUGGACAGAAGGGGAAAACUUCUGUCCAGAAGUGCAGCUAUGAACCUGUUUGGAAUGAGCAGAUAGUUUUCACAGAGAUGUUUCCCCCCCUCUGCAAAAGGAUCAAGGUCCAGAUCCGAGAUUCUGAUAAGGUCAAUGAUGUGGCUAUUGGAACCCAUUUCAUCGAUCUGAGGAAGAUCUCCAAUGAAGGAGACAAAGGUUUCUUGCCCACAUUCGGCCCUGCCUGGGUAAACAUGUAUGGGUCCACCCGCAACUAUACCCUGAUGGAUGAGCACCAGGACUUGAAUGAAGGUCUGGGUGAAGGAGUCUCCUUCCGAGCCCGUUUACUUCUUGGUCUAGCAGUAGAGAUCUUGGAUACCAGCAACCCUGACAUCACCAGUUCCACAGACGUUCAAACUGAAUUAGCAACUCCUGUCACUGAUAGCUGCACAGGCAAGAUGGAGGAGUUUUUCCUCUUUGGAUCCUUCCUGGAGGCUACCAUGAUUGACAGGAAGAAUGGAGACAAACCAAUCAAUUUUGAGGUCACAAUAGGCAAUUAUGGCAAUGAAAUUGAUGGUAUGUCCAGGCCCACCAUCAAGAAGAAGAAAGAUGGUGGGGAUGGCAAUGAGGAGGAAUCUGAGCUGCUACAGAAUGACAGUGAUGAGGAAGUCAAUAUUGAUGGGGAAUUUUUCUCAAUCUCUACUUCUCCGGCCAUGAAACCAUUGAUUACUGACAGGAACUAUUUUCAUUUACCGUAUUUUGACAAGAAACCUUGUAUUUAUAUCAAGAGUUGGUGGCAGGACCAGAGACGACGUUUGUACAAUUCAAAUAUCAUUGACAAGAUUGCAGACAAGCUGGAAGAAGGCCUCAAUGAUGUGCAUGAGAUGAUCAAAACUGAAAAACCACACCCAGAGCGCCGUCUCCGAGGAGUGCUGGAGGAACUGAGCAGUGGAUGUGUGAGAUUUGUGUCUCUCUCCAACAAAGAUCAAAACCACUCUUCGCGGACACGUCUGGACCGGGAAAGGCUGAAAUCCUGCAUGCGAGAACUGGAAACGAUGGGCCAGCAAGCGAAGACCAUGAGAUCUCAGGUUAAGAAGACCACUAUCAGGGACAAGUUGAAGCAAUCCCAAAACUUCCUGCAAAAGCUGCGGUUCCUUGCAGAUGAGCCUCAGCACAGCAUUCCUGAGAUCUUCAUUUGGAUGAUGAGCAAUGGCAAGCGCAUCGCCUAUGCCCGCAUCCCCUCCAAGGAUAUCCUGUACUCCAUUGUGGAUGAGGAAACAGGCAAAGACUGUGGAAAAGUGAAGACGGUUUUCCUCAAGUUACCUGGGAAAAGGGGAUUUGGGCCAGCUGGCUGGACUGUACAAGCCAAAAUGGAAAUUUAUUUGUGGCUAGGACUCAACAAACAGAGGAAGGAUUUCCUCAGUGGCCUACCCUGUGGCUUUGAGGAGAAGAAACUUCCUGCGGGACAAGGUCUCCCAACUUUCCCACCCAUCAGCCUCCUCUAUACCAAGAAACAAGUCUUCCAGCUCCGAGCCCAUAUGUACCAGGCCAGGAGUUUGUUCGCUGCAGAUAGCAGUGGCCUUUCUGAUCCUUUUGCCCGGGUUUUCUUUAUCACUCAAGGUCAAUGCACUGAGGUCUUGAAUGAAACACUUUGUCCUACCUGGGACCAACUGCUGGUGUUUGACAAUGUUGAGCUAUAUGGGGAAGCACAUGAGAUGCGGGAUGACCCUCCCAUUAUUGUCAUUGAAAUCUAUGAUCAGGAUACAGUGGGGAAGGCUGACUUCAUGGGACGAACAUUUGCCAAACCUGUGGUAAAGAUGUCAGAUGAGGAAUAUUGCCCUCCACGUUUUCCGCCUCAGUUGGAAUAUUACCAGAUCUAUCGGGGUAAUUCAACUGCUGGAGAUCUACUGGCUGCCUUUGAACUCCUUCAGAUUGGACCAGCUGGGAAAUCAGACCUGCCUCCCAUCGAUGGACCCACAGAUAUGGACCGGGGUCCUAUCUUGCCUGUCCCUCUGGGGAUUCGCCCUGUUCUGAGCAAAUACCGAGUAGAGAUUUUGUUCUGGGGAUUGAGAGACCUGAAACGAGUGAACUUGGCCCAGGUGGAUAGACCUCGAGUGGACAUUGAAUGUGCUGGAAGAGGGGUCCAGUCAUCUCUCAUCCAGAACUAUAAGAAAAAUCCCAAUUUCAGCACUUUGGUCAAAUGGUUUGAAGUGGAUCUGCCUGAAAACGAACUCCUACAUCCACCCCUCAAUAUUCGUGUAGUGGAUUGCCGUGCCUUUGGGCGUUACACCCUUGUGGGGAGCCAUGCUGUCAAUUCUUUACGGAAGUUCAUCUAUAGACCUCCAGAUAAGAAGUCUCAGCACUGGAGCACUGCAGCUAAACUUAUGAACGCCUAUGUGAUUCUUGCAAAUGGGGGGCCCUACUCUCACCCCACAGGUGAAAUUGUGGUUAACAUGGAGCCAGAGAUUCCCAUCAAGAAGAUGGAGACCAUGGUGAAGUUGGAAGCGAAUUCUGAUGCUGUUGUGAAGGUGGACGUGACAGAAGAAGAGAAGGAGAAAAAGAAGAAAAAGAAGAAAGGAAAUGCAGAAGAAGCUGAGGAUGAGGAGCCUGAUGAGAGCAUGCUGGACUGGUGGUCCAAGUAUUUUGCUUCCAUUGAAACUAUGAAGCUACUUCGGCAGCAAGAGGCAGCUGCAGCAGAAGCUGAAGAGAAAGAAGAGAUGGACACCACUGAGGAAAUGAGACUUGAUGACUCUCCUCUCAAAGGCAUAAAAGCCCAAGGAAAGACCAAAGACAAAGUCAAAUUAUCCAAAGAGGACAAAAAGAAAAAACAGCAGCAGCAGCAGCAGCAGCAGCCAGAUGCCUUUGAAAAGAAGAACAAGCAGAAGAUUGAUGAGAUGAAGGUAUAUCCCAAAGAACUGGAGACAGAAUUUGAUAAUUUUGAGGACUGGCUGCAUACUUUCAACCUCCUUCGUGGGAAGAUUGGAGAUGAUGAUGACAAUUCUGCAGAUGAGGAUCGCAUUGUGGGAAGAUUCAAGGGGUCCCUGUCUGUUUAUAAAGUGCCUCUUCCUGAUGAUAUCACCAAGGAGGCUGGAUAUGACCCUACUUUUGGCAUGUUCCAAGGAAUUCCAAGCAAUGAUCCCAUCAAUGUGUUGGUCCGGGUCUACAUUGUGAGGGCUACUGAUUUGCAUCCUGCUGACAUCAAUGGCAAAGCUGAUCCUUAUGUUGUCAUCAAACUGGGAAAGACAGAUAUCAAAGACAAGGAGAAUUACAUCUCUAAACAGCUGAACCCAGUCUUUGGAAAAUCCUUUGACAUUGAGGCUACUUUCCCCAUGGAAUCCAUGUUGACAGUGGCUAUUUAUGAUUGGGACUUGGUGGGCUCGGAUGAUCUGAUUGGUGAGACAAAGAUAGAUCUGGAGAACCGGUACUACAGCAAGCAUAGAGCAACAUGUGGCAUUUCUUGGACCUAUGCUCUCCAUGGAUACAAUAUGUGGCGAGAUCCUCAAAAGCCUAGCCAAAUCCUAUCCAAGCUUUGUAAAGAAGGUAAAGCUGAGGGUCCCCACUAUGGCCCUGGAGGCAGGGUGAAGGUGACCAAUCGAGUCUUCACUGGUCCCACUGAAGUGGAGGAUGAAAAUGGUCAGAAAAGGCAGACAGAUGAACAUCUGGCACUAACUGUGUUGCACCACUGGGAGGAAAUUCCCCGUGUGGGCUGCAAAUUAGUGCCUGAGCAUGUGGAAACAAGGCCAUUGCUGAACCCAGACAAGCCAGGCAUUGAGCAGGGACGGCUGGAGUUAUGGGUGGACAUGUUCCCGAUGGACAUGCCGGCACCAGGCCCUGCCAUUGACAUCUCACCAAGGAAACCAAAGAAAUAUGAACUUAGAGUAAUAAUCUGGAACACUGAUGAGGUAGUCCUGGAGGACGAUGAUUACUUCACUGGCGAGAAAUCCAGUGACAUUUUUGUCCGGGGGUGGCUGAAGGGCCAGCAAGAAGACAAACAGGAUACUGAUGUCCACUACCAUUCACUGACAGGAGAGGGCAAUUUCAAUUGGCGCUACAUCUUUCCUUUCGACUAUCUUGCAGCUGAAGAAAAGAUUGUAAUUUCUAAAAAAGAGUCUAUGUUCUCCUGGGAUGAAACUGAAUACAAGAUUCCAGCCCGACUCACAUUACAAGUGUGGGAUGCUGAUCACUUUUCUGCUGAUGACUUCCUCGGAGGCAUUGAGCUUGACCUGAACCGCUUCCCACGUGGUGCUAAGACAGCCAAGCAGUGCAGCAUGGAGCUGGGAACUGGUGAAAUAGAGGUGCCCAUAAUCUCUAUCUUCAAGCAGAAGAGGGUGAAGGGCUGGUGGCCCUUUUUGACUCGAAACGAGAACGAUGAAAUGGAGAUGACGGGUAAAGUGGAAGCUGAGCUUCAUUUACUGACAGCUGAGGAAGCUGAGAAAUGUCCAGCUGGAUUGGCGCGUAAUGAGCCAGAUCCAUUAGAAAAACCCAAUCGCCCAGACACAUCCUUCAUCUGGUUCCUGAACCCACUCAAGUCUAUCAGAUACCUCAUUUGUACCCGUUACAAAUGGCUCAUUAUCAAGAUUAUUCUGGCCCUUCUACUUCUCAUCAUGGUGGCCCUUUUCCUUUACUCCAUGCCUGGUUAUAUGGUCAAGAAGCUUCUGGGAGCAUGAGACAGCUGCCCUAUUCUCCCAUUUCAAAGCUGAGUGUCAGCAACAACCUUUCAUUUCUGUUUGAUGGCUUCCAUGUGUAUUUUUGGACCUUUUGGGGGAGGGAUUUUGGAAGCAGGAGGAGUCAGAAUCAGAAUUGCUUUAUUGUUUUUUUAUGACUUGAAAAAGGGAAAGUGUCCUUCCUUCCCAAAGUUCACUGUAAGUUCUCUUUUCAGCUGUUUCCUCCAGUCUCUUCAACAACUUAAUGCCUUCCCUCCCACAUUUAUUUGUUGUUGCCUCAAUUUCAGUGUCCUCCGUGAAUGAAUUAAUCUUAAAUGGAAUUACCUUGACAACCAUAAUUCCAUUUUGUGUGGACUGCAUUUAUCCCAUCUCUCCCUUCUUUCUUUGUUAUUGUUUUCUCCCUUUGCUGAUGUCACAAAGUAUGUCUCCCCAAAAAGCUGAAAUUUCAAAGGAUUCCUGUUCAUAUUAGAUUUGGAGUGAUCGGCUACUUAAGAAAUCUUGGCAUAUUUUCUUGGAAUCUGAUGCUGCAGUUUCCCCUUAUUAAGAAAAGAGAUUGCCCCUGCUUCCCUGACUGUGUAACAGUUUAUUGCAAUGGAAAGUGGGAAAGCUUGCCCUUCCAAGGUUUUGCAUGAAAACAGCUAACAGAUUCUUAGCUUCAGGCAACUAAACAAGAUAAGCAUUUUGUUUUGUCAGAGUGUGUAAAGUAAUGGCAAGAGUGUGAACUGCAAUGGCCCCAAGCUAUGGGUUCAGUUCAGAUAAUAGGCAAAUUAUUAUUUUCCUCAUUUUAGUUCCUUCUUUACAAUUUGUUGUGAGGUGCAUGUUAUACCAAAACAAACUAAAAUUGACACACUUUAAGACCUAAUUGUUAAAUAAAAAGAGCAUGCAGUUUGUGCUUAAUCCUGAAACAUUCAAUGCUUUAAAAAUAUCCUAGAAUCAUUACAGAAACGUUGCUUGGAUAUUCACCUGUGUACACAUUUAUACUCCAUUAAUGCAAUUGGGAAAUAAAAGAAUUUCCAUUUUUUUAGAUGACCAUUAUAAUGGGAUUGGUUGUGAUCUUUAGACAGGGUUUUUUAUAUUUUCCAGUUGGAACAACUGGGAAAUCAAGCUUUGAAGAAGAACACAGUGGAAAGGCAAUGUUUCAUGGAAGGCCAAGAAGUUCUUUUGAACUUCUAAUUAUCGGGUACAAAGCUGGGUAAACAGCUGCAUUUUACGGUAUGUAAUUUAUCAGGAAGUAGAAUCAGUUGCUGAGACAAAUAACAUCCAGAAUAAGGAGUAUGGUGAAGCUGAGGAACAUGUUAUAAUGUCAUAUCCUAUUUUAAUGGCAAAUUAUAUCAUUUUGAAGUAUGGGUCAGCUAGUGAGGCCAUCUGCAUAGGAUGAGGGCAGGAAGGAUGGAGUGAAAUAUCCAGCUUGGCCUAUUAAACUCAGACUAUGUUGUAGGAAUGUAGGUAAUACCAAGUGAUACAGAAGGAUAACUAACAUGGGCAGUUCACGUUAUUAUUUAAUAAAACUGGGUAAUCUUUUCAAAGCUCAUACAUAUUUAGUUCAAUCUAUCCUCCCAUACACAUUCAGUCCUCUCCAACAGAGAGGAUCGUUUAAGAGCUUCUUUCUUAAUUCAACAGUCCAGUGCUCAUAAGCAUCAACUCUUUAAUAUGAACACACUAAGAUGCUGUUCAUCUUAUUCUCAUUCUACCUGAUCAUUAACCUAUUGUCCCUACUAGGGUUGGUAUCCGUUCCUAACCAUUAUGGCACCAAAAUGCUGAAUUGUGUGUGAUGGUACAAAUUCUGUCACUUUGUACUUGCAUCAUGCAUUGGAGCGUGCAGGCUGUGAUGUCACAACCACAUUUUAUCACAUGCUACCCUGCCCCCAUGCCUGGUACCUAGGAGACAUAAUGUGUAUGUCAAGUGUGAAUGUGGAUUUUAGAUCACUAACACAUUUUCUUGCAAGCAAUUGCAGAAGCAUGCGGGGGAGGGGGGCAGCUACAACUCUUUCUAGUUCCUAAUGAUAAAUUAUAACUGUUAGUCUUGCAUAAUGAUUUAGAUACCUCUCCCAAACAUAUGCUCGAUACUAUACCAUACUAUAGUAUCAUAAGGCAGUGGUCCCCAACCUUUUUGACACCAUGGACUGGGUUUUUUUUGGGGGGGGGAUGGUUUCAGUUUCGCUCACCGUUCAACUCCAGCUGUGUGAUCUGGUUCCUAACAGGACAUAGACCGGUACUGGUCCAUGGCCCAAGGGUUGGGGAUCCCUUCAUAAGGGGCCUGCAAUAGCUAAUACUAGCAAAAAAUCUGACUUGUCAGGAGGCAAAGAUAGCUUACAAGUUGGAAGGAGAUGUGAUGUCCUAGCUUUAAUUUAUCAGAUUUCUAGGAAAAAAAAUAGCACAAUUGCACUGCCUUUUGGCUGCUCUCUCUCACAGCAUAGCACAAGUGAAGUUUCUAUAUUUCAUGCUUAUUAUUUUCUGGGUUGUGUGAAAACUGUUGAUUUUAUUUCCUUACAGUUGUGGUGGGGUGUCUGAUAUUGGUAGGGAUAUUUUUCUGUGCACUGUUAAUAUAGCAUCUCUGGAUUAAGAAAAAAUCUGUAAAUUCUUUAAUAAAAAUGGAUCACUGAAAGCAACAGAUUCCUAUGUAUAAUAAUGGCAUAGGGGAGAA